GUUCACCAUGUUUUCGUCGGGUGUUGCUCGCGCGGCGGGGCCGCAGGUCGAGUCAAAGGCGAAGAAGCGCGAUUGGCUUAAUGUCGGACAGACCUAUGCAGAUACCUACAUCAGUGACGACGACGAUAGCAACGAUGAGGAGGCAUUCGAAACGUCGGCCGAGUCCAAAGAGGUCGUGACAGCUCGGCCAGAAAUACCACGGCCCACCGAAUCUCGGAGAACACCACUGCCCCCUCGAAAGGAAAGCGCUGUCUUUGAAAUCGAUCAUGGCGGAGACAAGGACAACCUGUUCUACAGAACCCUCGCAGCAAAGGACAUCCCAAGGUCCCUCCAAUCCUUAGAUUUCGUAGCUACCUCAUCUAACCUCGGGAUAAAUGCAGGUACCACCUUGCAAAGCGACGUCGCAAGCACACCGACAACGACGACGCGUCGUCGAUCGUGCGGUACUUUGAUCCAGAGUUCAAGCAACACGUCCACCAUCGUCGGGUCAACUUCACUGACAAGACCGCACAGCCACUUGACAUGUCGGCGCCAUUCAUUCCUGUUGAGCCGUAUCUUGACAACGAAGCAGACGAUGACGAGGCUCAGACCGACAACCAGAGACUGGAAGCUCUCGUCACGACUGAAACCAAGCGAUUCAAUGAAGCCCUUCGGACGGCACCGACAAACGUCUCUCUCUGGAUCAAGUACAUGGCAGCCCAGGAGCGAGAAGGCGCUUUCGUUCGCAACAAGCACAAGCAGCGGUCCGUGGUGCUGGAAAAGCAAUAUUCCAUCCUUGAAAAGGCCAAGGCGGCGAACCCCACGUCUGUCGAACUACAGCAGAUCACGUGGCUCAUGGCGCUGACUGUUCCCGACGAAUUGCCACACAAGUUGGAGCAGCAUCUCCAUGUCGCACCGGACAGUGAACUGCUCUGGCUGCUCUUGAUCCAGCAAACUCAAGAACAGUUUAGUGCGUUUUCACUGCCAAAAAUGCGCAACCUGUACGCCCGAGUGAUUCAAACGCUGCAAGCUUCGACCGCCGACGUCAGCGCGACCCUUUUGCUCUUCUUUACGCUUCUCUGCACGCUGGAGGCGAAGAGCGGGUACACCGAACGAGCGGUUGGACUCAUGCAGGCACUGAUGGAGUUCAACUGCAACAUGCCGUCGUCGCUAUGCAGUACACACGUGGAAUUCGACCAAAGGAAGAAGGAUUUCCAGGUGUUUUGGGACCAGGAUCUGCCGCGCUUUGGUGAAGCCGGCCAUGUUGCAUGGGCCUCUUGGCAAAACCAGUCGGAACUUAAGUCGACUGUGCCGACUGUGGAUCCAUCGUAUGCAUCCCAAUUGCUACCGUCCAUGCACUCUUACAUGACCAUGCUGGAGACCCACGUGGAGGACGAAGUCGCUGCGAUGCAACCUCCACUGCACUUGAAGGAGGUUGACCCCGCUCGCCAUCGCGGCCCGGACGACAAAGCCAGUGAUACGCUGAAUCCACAAGGACAUGGCGUCCACCACCACGAAAGCCAUGACACCCGGGAAGAAGGUGAUGAGUACGUGUGGAGUAACUUGCACGGGUAUCGCAUCCCGAUCCAAGACGCCCAAGACACGGCUGAAUACGAACGCAUCUUGCACGAACUCAAGUCGAAUCGACCGGUGGCUCCUGUGCAAAAGAAGGCCAAGAACGAUGCCACGAUGGCCUUGAUCGCCGACCACGACGAGCGUUUGGGAGCUCAUGUCGUUCCAAACAACGAUCCGCAUGUUCAACUGCUCAAAGAGGAGUCGCUGCUUCAUGCCACGCAAUGGAGCCCGCUCCAUCCACGCAACCCAGACCAUGCCCCCUUGAUCGAGGCCCAGCCAGAUCGCGUGUUGCUGUUCGACGAAAUUCAACCAUUUCUCUUCCACGUUCCAGCGGUGUGGCACCGAGAGCUCUUGCUGUCGCACUUGGGCCUGGUCGGCGUGAAUGUCCGUGGUCGGCUGUCUUUGCAAGCGUUGCAAUGGCUCUAUCAAGACGACGUGGCUUCGAAUUCCAUCGUCGCCACGUGCUUUCGGACAUUUCAAGGGCAUUCCCCGCCGCCGUGCGAUCGACUGGCUUUGUUGCACACAGUACUACAUGAUUCGCUGACUGUGUCCCGCGAUACCCUACAUGACCCAUCCAAGGUGAUGCAUGUUCGGCAUCUCCUGUGGCAAAUGCGGGAGCAUGCGCUGCUCAUGGAAUUCGAAACGCACCUCGCCUUGCACCUGAACAGCCCGGACGCGCCCCGGGCAUUGGCCAAAUCGCUGCUCGCGACGGCACCGACCGACAUGGCGCUGUGGGAACAGUACGCUGCCAUGGAAUGGCGACUGCAAAACGUCAAGCAGGUCGUUCGCAUAUGCGACAAAACGAUCGAGUCGUUGCCGUCGACGUCGUUGGAACAGCACCGAUUUCUCUUCCUGCGCUUCCGCGCCGAGUUGAUGGACGCGACUGUGCUGUGGACAAGUCGCGCCGUGUGGAGGUGUGUGUAUCUCGUGGCCAAAGCAUUUUACCCCGAGAAUGCGAAUGAAUCACUCGCCAAAGUUUGCAAGAAACGCGACAAAAAUGGCGACUCGGAUUUUGCCUCUAUCGUGUCGCCGUCCCUCCAGCGACAAGUGCGACUCCGCUUGCAGCAGCAAAUGGACCAUGCCAUGGCAACUCACACAACCACAACUCGCCCCGUGCUGCAGUACGUCGUGUACACCCACGCCAUGGUCGUGCACGCCAUGGAAGGCUUUGCGGUGGCGUCAAAGCACUUUCGAAAAGCCAUCGACGUUGCGCGAUCUAAUUGCCGCGACCAACCGCGAAUGCUGGAGCCAAAUGCAUGGCGAGCAACCCUGGAAUGGCUCUUAGCUGCGUACCUGGAGUUCCUCCAACUUGCUGGUACCUGUUCGCCAAGGCAGUGGCGCCAUGUGACGCAGCUCGCCAUGCAACUGGUCCCGGAGCACCCCGUUUUUGCGCACCUCUUUGUCGACGCCGAGCAAAAGAAUUCCAUGAGCCAGCAAGUUCGUCGCGCUGUGCAGGACGCCGUGACCGCAAGCCGCCUGCGUUUCGACGCAGCAUCCCCCAUGGCGCAUGUGAUGGGACUCCUCGGCGAAGUCUACCGGUUGAAGAGAUUCAACGAAUUGGACGUGGCAGACACGUGCUGUGCCCUGCAUCAGUGGGGUCCCGUUGCCAUCUCUCGCAUUCGUCGUGUGUUCGAAGAUGCGUUGGAUUCAGUCAGUUGGCGCUCCCACGGGUCGGCACUCCUGUGGCGGCUAUACUUGCGCUUUGAAGUCCAAGCGGGUCAAGUCCAAGGAGCUAUCAAGGUGUUCUACCGUGGCAUUCACACGUGUCCAUGGAGCAAAGAGUUGUACCUCGACAGCGUGCGCGUGCUACGCCCGUAUCUCAGUGACGACGACAUGGCCGAGAUUGUCGGCUUUCUUGUGGGGAAAGAGCUCUACCUUCGCUAUGAAGGCGAUGGCACUGCAUAAACUGAAUCCUCCACCACAAAGUUUUGAUGGUA